GGGGAGGCCUUAGCUCCGGGCGGGCGGCGGCUACUGCAGCGGGACCCGGGAGCGGGGCCCGGCGCCGCCCGGGCCGAGGGGCGAUGUGAGCCCCAGGUGUGACCCAGAGGGAUCCAGGUGUCUUCUCUGCAGGCUGUUUGCCAUGAUACCCCACCAAGGACAGGGGGAAUAAAGUGGGAAUCCUUCCCCAUGCCCCUCCCAUGGUCAGCUCCCCAAUGGCCUGGGUGAGGGUGGGCUGGCUGCUCUGACACCAUGGGGAGCUGCUGUAGCUGCUUGAACAGAGACAGCGUCCCAGACAACCACCCUACCAAGUUCAAGGUGACCAAUGUGGAUGAUGAGGGGGUAGAAUUGGGCUCAGGGGUGAUGGAGCUGACACAGAGUGAGCUGGUGCUGCACCUGCAGCGGAGGGAAGCUGUCCGCUGGCCCUACCUCUGCCUGCGACGCUAUGGCUAUGACUCUAACCUCUUCUCCUUUGAGAGUGGCCGCAGAUGUCAGACAGGCCAGGGGAUAUUUGCCUUCAAGUGCUCUCGAGCUGAGGAAAUCUUCAACCUCCUCCAGGAGUUGAUGCAGUGCAACAGCAUCAGUGUGCUGGAGGAGCCAGUCAUCAUCACCCGCAACAGCCACCCCGCUGAGCUCGACCUCCCUCGGGCCCCCCAGCAGCCCAAUGCUCUAGGCUACACUGUUUCCAGCUUCUCCAAUGGCUUUCCUGGCUGCCCUGGAGAGGGCCCACGAUUCUCUGUUCCCCGGCGGCCAUCAACAAGCAGCCUGCGACACUCUUCGCUUGGGGAAGAGUCCACCCAUGCCCUCAUUGCCCCCGAUGAGCAGUCCCACACGUAUGUCAACACACCUGCCAAUGAAGAUGACCACCGCAGGAGCCGGCACUGCCUGCAGCCUCUGCCUGAGGGCCGGGCACCCUUCUCCUCACAGGCCCAGGGCCCUGACCAGCGGGACCCACAGGUGUUCUUGCAGCCGGGCCAGGUGAAGUUUGUGUUGGGCCCCACUCCUGCUCGGCGGCACAUGAUGAAGUGCCAGGGCCUCUGCCCCAGCCUGCAUGACCCUCCCCACCACAACAAUAACAAUGAGGGUUCUUCUGAGUGCCCGGCCCAGCCCAAAUGCACCUACGAGAAUGUCAGUGGGGGGCUGCGGAGAGGUGGUGGCUGGAGACUGAGCCCAGAGGAGCCGGGCUGGAGUGGCCUGGCCCACCGCAGGGCUGCCCUGCUGCACUAUGAGAACCUGCCCCCACUGCCCCCUGUGUGGGAGAGCCAAGCCCAGCAACUGGGUGGGGAGGCUGGGGAUGAUGGGGACUCAAGGGAUGGGCUCACACCCUCCUCCAAUGGCUUCCCUGAUGGUGAGGAGGACGAGACCCCACUGCAGAAGCCCACCAGCACCCGGGCUGCCACCCGCAGCCACAGCAGCUUCCCUGUGCCACUGACCCGCCGCCGUGGCUCCCCAAGGGUCUUCAACUUUGAUUUCCGCCGGCCAGGCCCCGAACCCCCAAGGCAGCUCAACUACAUCCAGGUGGAGCUCAAGGGCUGGGGCGGAGACCGCUCCAAAGGGUCUCAGAACCCCUCAGUUCCCCAAGCCCCGGUGCCCAUCACCCACCCUGCCCGCAGCUCAGACUCCUAUGCCGUGAUUGACCUCAAGAAGACUGUGGCCAUGUCCAACCUGCAGAGGGCUCUGCCCAGGGACGAUGGCACUGCCAGGAAGACCCGGCACAAUAGCACUGACCUGCCUCUGUAGAUGGCCCCAUCCUCCACCCAUGCCCACCGUGGUCUGGCCUCUGUCUCUCUCCCGUCCUGUGACCCACCCAGCUUGGGCUCAGGGCUGCUUGGCAGAAGGCACUGAGGUGGAGCCAGAAGCUUCCCAGAGUGGGCUGAAGUCCCCACAGAGGUCAGCCACUGAGUUUUCUGGUCCCCAGGCUGGAGAGAGGAGAGGGUGACUGGGCAAGGAGGAGCCGCAGCGUGAACUGUGAAGGGUCCUGUGAUGGUGUCUCACGCCUCCCCUCCCAUCCAUUUGUCUUGUCUGUCAGCUGUCUGUGUGUGUUUUUUGGUUGGAAUUUUGAAACAUUUUGUACCUGUUGAUUUUAUUUAUCAGUUUAUUUUUCUAUUUAUUGUUUUAAAUGUAAUUUAACAUAUUUAUUAUUAAUAUAAUUAUUUUUAAAUUCUG